GGGUCGAGCCGACAUGCGCGUGUGCAAAGGAACGUAACUGUAGUUGCCCGCUGAUGCAUUUAAUAGCGGUCCGAAGCCCAUGUAGGCGGUGCGUGAGUAAUCGUUUAGCGCAUGCGUAGGACGGACCGCAGAGACUGAAAGGCGCAUGUGUGGGGGAAUUCAGUUUCCUCAAGACGGGUUGCGCAUGCUUGUUUAGGCGCUUCACGCACGUGCCAGUGGGAGUUGUGGUUUUUGACUCCUUAAAAAGAAAUACAGAAGCUUCUUUUUAUUCGAAGAUGAGGAACGGAGGCUGAAGGAAUGCGAUUCACCACGGCCACAAAGCGAGUCCACGACUAACCCGGGAUUUGGAAGAAAAGCAGGUAUCGAGCAGGAUUUCGCUGUUUCCCCUGCUGGUAGAAGGGAGCAUUACAGUGCUAGACUAGGAAUUUUCUGAUUGGUUGAGAAGAUAAUGGCAAGUGAGGAGAGACAAGGUCCAGGAGGAAGGCCCAAGAACAAUAACAUGAGCCAGAUAACAGCCUGUGGAGAAGAAAACAACCAAGUCGGAGUUAGAGAGGGGGCUGAGUCGAAAGUACAAGGAGAAGCCAUGAAAGAGAACCGGCUUCCCUCUAACCAACUAAGAUCAGCCGAUGGGGGCGUCCCUUGGGUCUGCCCUGACGGCACGUUUGUCAAACUGGUCCUGGAGGCUGGUAAAGGUGUGGAUAAGCCAAAAGAAGGCUCCAUGUGCCAGGUCUUCAUUGAGGCUCAACCAGGCGGCCCCCUGAGUUACCCAUCCCACAGCUGGGCUGAGGUGGAGCUGGGUGCAGGAGACGCUGAAUGGGAUGGGGCGGUGGACCGCUGCCUGGAGACCAUGCUGGCUGGGGAACGGGCAGAGUUAAGGCUAACGGGAGGAGGCAUCAUUAUCAUCCAGUUGGCCAGCUUCACGCCAGCCAAGGAUUCCUGGGAGAUGAGCGCCAGUGAGAAAUGGAACUUGGUCAUCCGCAACAAAGAGCACGGCGGCGAGCUCUACCGGGCCGGGGAUAUUGGCGCAGCAGCCAGGCGCUACGCCAAGGCCCUGCGGCUGCUUGUGGCAGCUGCCCCGCCCCCGGACUACGACCAAAUCAAAGCCGAGCUCCACGCCAACCUGGCCGCCUGUCAGCUGAGGCUGCGCCAGCCGGCCAACGCCGCUUGCAACUGUACCAAGACGCUGGCGCUGCAGCCGGCCAACACCAAGGCGCUCUUUCGGCGUGGCUUAGCUUACGACGCCAUGAACGAUCUGGAAGGGGCGGCUCAAGAUCUGAAGGGCGUUUUGCGAGUGGAGCCCGGAAACCGAGCGGCCCGGCGGGAGCUGGAAAGGGUGAUGGAGAGGAUAAAGGUGCGGGACGCCAAACUGGCACGAGCCAUGCAGAAAAUGUUUGGCUGAAUAAAAGGAUUA